AUGACGACACCGACAAUGAGCAGCAAGGGAGGAGGGAAGGCCGCACAGGAAGAGGUGCUCCUGAAACAUCAGCAGCACCUGCAGAGACAAAGAGAUGUUGUCGCCUGUAGAAUGAAGAAGCUGGCAGCGAAGCAGGCGGAGAUGACAAAAAAGACCAACGCAGUGAAGGAGAGAAUCGGGAAAAAGUAAGAGGACAUGAAGCGGGUUCUGGAUGAGGAUCUGAAGAUCACUGACACCGAGUACGAGGCCACAGAGAAGUUGGUGGAGGACCGGAUCGAGGAACGCUACCACCUCACUCAGGAGCUGGACCAGGAGCUGUCCGACAUGAGCGCCCGAGCGAAAAAACAGGGAUUUAAAAUUCAGAAUGCUGACAUAGAAAAAAGAGUGUCCGAGACUCUGAAGCUGACCGACCCCAACAGGAUUCAGAUGGAUGAGUUCAAGAACGAACAACUGCUGAGUCUCACCAUCAACCUGCUGCUGUUCAUCAGGUCCCAGGUGCCCGUCACCAAGAAGCUGUUUCAGACCUGUGAGGUUACAGGGCGACUGACGUGUGAGGAGGUCUUUCUGUCAAAAGAUGCGGCAGACGUUGUCCUCGAUGCCGAUACCGCCCACCCGAAGCUGCUCAUCUCUCCCAAAGGGGACUCGGCCACCUGGCAGGACGUCCCAGAGACCCUCUCCCGCUUUGACACCACCCUGAAUGUAGUCAGCCGCCAAGGCUUCACCGAGGGCCGCCAGUACUGGGAGGUGGAUGUGAGCGGGAAGACCUACUGGGAGCUGGGGCUCACCUACCCGAGCAUCCCGCGCAAGGGCCGCGAGGAGGACUCCUGGCUGGGCCGAGGCGAAGAGUCCUGGUGCGUGGAGUACAUUAAUGGAGACCAGGGUUGCCAGGUCUGUGUGACAAAACCAGCCCAAUGGCCAAUAAAACCCAGCCCAAUAUCAGAACUCAAAAUAUGCCCGUGCCAAACCAUAUACACUGCUUUUAAAUUCCAUGUCCAUGUGUACGUGCUGAUCUGGAGUCAGUUUGGUAGGAUUUGGGUAUAAAUAAAUUAUUUCAUUUAAAAUAUGGAUUUUUAUUUAAAGAUAUUCAUGUAAUUAACGCGUGACCCCCCCCCCCGAUCGUCUCUCGGUACUGUGCGUGCCAGGCAAGUCUAAAUUUGGCUACAAUAUUUUAUAAAGGAUAUCUGCUUUUCAAAUUGUUCUUAAUACAGUGGAAAGCUAACAAUACGUUAGAGCUGUUCUGAUUCCUGUGGCAAACAAAUGGAAAACAUAAUAAUGAUGAAUCACAGAAAUAUUAGGAUGUUUGUCUACUUAUAGCAUGGGUUGCUAAGAAAUUAUACCUAACAGUGGUUGUAACUUUUUAUAUGGAUUUUCUUUUUACUCUUAAAAGCGUCUUAAUCAACUUAAGAAACGUAAUCAAACAUCAAAC